AUGAGACUACUGGAUACAAAAACACUUCGACUCGUCGAGUUCUCUCUUCCACCUGCGGAAUAUGCCAUUCUCAGCCACACAUGGGGAGAGGAAGAAGUCACACUUCAUGACCUCACGGCAGACUCAGCUCGCCGUCUUCGAGGCUGGCAAAAGAUCCUGAGAUGUUGUAACCUUGCAGCCAGGGACGGCUGGCAAUACGUCUGGAUUGAUACUUGCUGUAUUGACAAAUCUAGCAGCGCAGAGCUUUCCGAAGCCAUCAACUCCAUGUUCUCGUGGUACAGAACAUCUUCAAUCUGCUAUGUCUACAUGAGUGAUGUCAGUUGUACGUCUCAAAGGUUCAACGCCGCAGAAUUUCGAGGCAGUCGAUGGUUCAGCCGAGGGUGGACUCUACAAGAACUCAUAGCUCCCGCGUUCGCGCUGUUCCUCAAUUCGGCUUGGCAAGAACUCGGGUCCCGAUCUGCUCUGUCGGUCGACGUGGAAAUCGCCACGGGCAUAUCGCGCUCCAAUCUUGUCAACUACAAGCACUGCAGUAUCGCAACCCGAAUGUCCUGGGCGGCGCAUCGAGCCACUACGCGCGUGGAAGACCAGGCUUAUUGUUUACUGGGACUGUUUGGCAUCAACAUGGCGCUGCUGUACGGCGAAGGCUCUAAUGCGUUUCAAAGGUUACAACUCGAGAUUAUCCGGAGCUCGGACGACGAAUCCAUUUUCGCAUGGAACAAUCAUGUCGACAAUUUCGGUGCCGAACUUUUUGCCCGGUCCCCCUCCUGGUUCCGCUUCUCGGGCCAUAUUGAGCCCUAUACCGGGGGUGACGACGCUGACAGGUCAGAUUUCGUAAUGACCAACCGAGGGCUAAAUAUCAGCGUGAAGCUCUUGGACUACUGUGGGGAAAAAUUUGCAAGACCACGAUUCGGCGGCAUGGGUCCUGAUGUGUUUGCGUAUUCUUUCGAACCCGCCAUCCACGCCCUUUGGCUGCUGAAGUGCAGGUCGACGAAAACAGGGAACCAACUCGGCAUUUAUCUCCUGAAAGAAUUGGAUGGCCGGUACCACCGGAAUCAGCGGCUAAGCAUCGUAGAAUUCGGGGGCAGGUUCUGUCGGACCACGGACUGGAAGCUCGGUCCAAGGAAGGAUAUCUAUGUGAGGUCGUCGCCUGCUGACGGGCUGCAACAUUUCAACGAGCGACCCGCAACACUGAGGCUUAACUUCGUCUUUCCUCCCACCAAGAUUGCUAUGGGGAGGGUUGUAUUCAGCAAGCUUCGCAUCCUUGGCAACGCUCUCAAUUUCCCUUUGUAUCAAACAUAUGGCCAUCUACUCACGCCGAGAAAUUAUAAAGUAGUAGAGGAGGAUGUCUUUCCAUUCGUGGAAGAAGAGCCAUGUGAAAUGGAGGGACUCGACAACCUGGGCCACCGCCUUGGGCGCAUCGCGAUCACAGCGAUCACGGAGAACGCUGCCACGCUUUACUUUUUUGAAGUCCACUCCGCGACGCACUCAGUCAUCUGCGCGAUCCUCGUAUGUGCCUGGACCAAGUGUCCUGUUGUCGGUCUGUUUCGAUACUCGGAUAGUGUGGAGUUCCACCUGUUCCUCGAGAACAUUGCAGCCUAUCCGCGAGAUCCCGCUCAUCUUACAGAAAUAGCGCGGCUGCCACUGGAAUCAAUGGGUCAAACUGUUGUGGCAGAAUGUACGCCACGGAGUUGUGAGAGCUGGAGAACACAGGAUACAAUAGCCGGGCUCAUCAGACUGUCUUUCCAGGAUGGUGUCCCGUUCGAAGUCUGA